ACAGCUCUCGGCCAGCGCAGCGUAUUUAAGAGCUAUUCAGCAAAUAGCAUGAAAGAGUUUCGCACGCGACCGACCAGCAGUUAACAAGUGCCAUCGAUCCGGGACAGAAAUUCCAUCAAUAGUAGAGGGAAAGUGAUCGCCAGCAAGGGAGAAAUUCAGUGGAAAGAUGUUCGAACGCUGCACUUUAUUAUUUAUGGCCAUUGUGAUGGCUUCGGCACUGUUGACCCGCGCUCAUUUCCCGGAAUAUUGUGCUGAGUGCGAGGAGGAGGUGUGGGAGCAGGUGCCGUGCAGCGAGGUGCCCACAACGGCAGCACCCACAACCACUACGGGUGGAUCCACCACCAAUGCACCCACCACUGUAUACAGCACCACGGAGCAUGUGUAUCCAACCAGCACAAGUGCCCCACCCCCGCCCACGGAGUACACCACCCCGGCAUCGCCGUACAAGAAGUGCUACUGCGAGUGCAAGCUGGGCUGCAAGGAGUUCUGCCGCAAGGUGGUCUCCUCCGGUGCCAAGCAGCCACUCACCCAGAUCUCCUCCAUCGGGGAGUACGCCCCAGGCGGCCAGGUGGAGUACACGCAUGUGCAUCAGCGCAAGUACUUCCCCAAGUACGGCGGCGAUGGCUAUGGGGGAUUGGUGGGACCCGUGGGCGGACCCAAGGCCUACAAGCCAUAUCCCCUGGUCUACGAACAGGCGGCAGCUGCCUCGCCCGCAUCCAUAUCCUCGGUGGCCUCCUCGCCGGCGGUGGCCAACAUAGCUGCUCCCAACUACACGCUGGAGGAGUUGGCCCAACUCCUGAGCACCGCCUAUGGCACCAAGAAGGGUUAUCCCGCCAGUGAGCCAGCUCAGCCACGGCAGCUCCAGCCAGCUCCAGUGGCUGCGCCAGCACCCUCUGUCUACUACUCCCCCGUUCCAGUGUAUAGAAAGCAGCAGGUGCCUCCGAUUCCCCUCGUCAGCAAAGUGGCUCCCGCACCCAAGAUCUCCUCCGGCGUUAAGUAUGCCGCCGCGGCGGUUUCCUCUUCAUCGGGCGUUUCGGUGGCCAAGAUAAAGACGCCCUACGAGGAGAAGAUUGUGGUGGCCACCCCGCCUCCAGUUUACGACAGGACCACCUCCUAUCCCAUUGUUGAGGCACCCAAGGAGUACUCAGCACCCCAGGAGUACUCCGCCCCCAAGGAGUACUCUGCCCCCAAGGAGUACUCAGCACCUGCAACGGAGCUCUACCCCGUGGUGCAGAGUCAGACGGAAUCGUAUCCCAGCCCCAUCUAUCCGAGUCCCACGGAGUCGUAUCCCAGCCACAAGGACUCUUAUCCCAGCAUCACGGAGUCAUAUCCCAGCCAAACCGAGUCCUAUCAACCCCGCACGGAGGCCUACCCUGUGCCGGAGCCACAGCCGCAGGUCAAGCCAUAUGGUGGCCCCGAAUCGGGUCCCGAUAAGCCAUCCUCCACCUUCGACCUGGCCAUUGAUAACUACCUGAAGGACUUUGGCUAUGGCAACCAGGGAAGGGGCUACGCGGACUACUAAGUUCCAUGCAUUGUUGCUAGGUUUAGGCGUAUCUCUAGGCUAGAAAUGUUUUCUAGGUGUCCUCUUAUUUAUUUAUGCACUUUCUCCCUUCCUGUUGACUUAAUAAUGAUUAAACUAUUGACAAAAAA